UUUUGGAUAUUUUUCGUCUGCUGUGUUUACUUUUUUCCUUGAAUCAGGCACAAAAGAGGUAGAAGUUUUUAAAAUUAUGUCUUUCAUAUCUACUUUGACAUGGAGUUGUAUCGAGCUUCAAAAUUUCAUCGAGGAUCCCAAUGUGAAAGAAGGAGAAAAAAAGGAUUUGAUUUUAAAGCAUUUAAAUUCAAUGGAAGAAGGAAGCAGCAGAGAUGUGUUUCCUGAGUUUGAAUCUGGUUGGGAAUGGUUUAAUGUCAAGCAAGGUUUAUCUGUUACCUCUGAUUUCAAAGACCAAAUUGUUAUUGUUGAUUUCUUCACCUAUUGUUGCAUUAACUGUAUGCAUAUCCUUCCUGACCUGCAUGCACUAGAAGAAAAAUAUCCAAGUGAUCAAUCAGGUGUUGUUGUGGUUGGUGUUCAUAGUGCAAAGUUUGAGAAUGAAAAAGUUUCAGCAAAUAUCAUGGCAGCAAUUCAACGCUAUGGCAUCACUCAUCCAGUUGUGAAUGACAGUGAAGCUGUCCUGUGGAAAAAAUUGGAGAUCACUUGCUGGCCAACUUUGCUCAUUCUUGGACCUGAUGGAAAACCAAUUUUUGUGAUUAUUGGAGAAGGCCAUCGAGAAGUACUUUUUCACUACGUUGAAAGCGCCUUGUCAUUUUACAAAAAUCGAAUUACUCCGCGGCCUCUUCCAUUACUGCUCAAUAGCCUAGAAGUAUUUCAAUCACAUCUGCUUUUCCCUGGGAAAAUCUGCAUGAUCAAGUCUAAAAGUAUAGAAGAUUCUGCGUCAGAAUGUUCAAAAGAAGACUCGACAUACAUGGCUGUUUCUGAUACUGGGCACCAUCGCAUUUUGAUUAUCUCUCUACAAGGUGAAAUCAAGGUAACAAUCGGUGGACCUGCACCAGGAUGGAAUGAAGGUGCUUUCUCGACAGCCAAAUUCCGCAGUCCGCAAGGUAUUGCAUUUUUGCCACCGUGCCAUCUUUAUGUUGCAGACACGGGAAAUCACUCGAUCCGUUUGAUUGAUUUCAGUUCUAAGCAAGUAAAAACUGUUGCCGGAACUGGUUUACAAGGCACGGACAAAGAAGGUGGAAAGCUCGGAAUCGAACAACCGUUAGCCUCUCCGUGGGAUAUUUGCCUGGCUCACUCUUCAACUUCAGAUGUUCCAGAUUUGUUGAUCAUCGCUAAUGCAGGAACUCAUCAAAUAUGGGGUUUGGCUCUUCAGGAUUUGGUUUGGUGGAAAAAAAUUCAAGUUGAAGCGGGUCGAUGUCUUCGCUUGGCUGGCUCCGGAGCUGAGGAAAACCGCAAUAAUAGCUAUCCGGCCAAAGCUGGUUUCGCUCAACCAUCCGGACUCUGCUGUGCGGCUUUACAGUCUCCAUCUACCGACUACUUAUUAUUUCUUGCCGAUAGUGAAAGUUCAUCCAUACGACAAGUUAAUCUGAAAGACGGUUCGGUCAAAGCACUGGUUGGUGGUGGAAAGGAUCCAAUGGAUUUGUUUUCUUACGGCGAUCAAGACAAUAGAGAUAACCCAAAGGGCGCAGUUUUGCUUCAGCAUCCAUUAGCUGUCGCCUGGAACGCAGCUAAUCAAUUGCUGUAUGUGGCUGAUUCAUACAAUCACAAAAUCAAAACAGUCGAUCCAUUGACUAAAGUGUGUUCCACUUAUUUGGGCAAUGGAAAAGCGGGACUUGUCGAUGGCUCUAGCGGAGAUGAAAUUCAAUUCAACGAACCUGGUGGUCUUUGCAUUGAUGAAGAAGGAGGAGGCAUAUUGUACGUAUCGGACACAAAUAACCAUUGCAUACGCAAGGUUAAUUUGGCUAGCAAUGUUAUAGAAACUCUUCAAGUCUUCCUGAAAUCCACUGAUGAUCAUAGUCAAGUUUUUAAUACUCAACCGGAUUUUGAGGUCUCGGUUGUUCUACCAUCUAGUACUUCGAAUUAUAGCUGGUCGGUAAAUUUCAAUUGUUCUGAUAAUCAGCAGUGGAAAUGGUCAGAAGAUGCCCCACACUCGUGGAAAAUUAGACUAACUGACGGUAUAGAAGCAGCCCAAAAUAAGGGAGUGAUAAACAACGGGAAAAUGAAGAUUGACUUUUUACGCAAAUCACUCGAAAAACACGACUCAAAUCAUUUUCUACAAGUUCAUGCAGAACUCUUUCUCUGUGCCAAAAAGACUGGUGUUUGUAAAAAGAAGGCGGUCGAUAUUCAACUGAAUUUAACAUUCAACGAAAACUCAAGUGACGAUUCAGAAAUUCACCACGAAUUUGAUGUUAACGCAAAUUAAUUAAUAAUCUGUGCUUUACUUUUGUCCUCAAUUAAUAAUUAUGCGCUUGAUCCGAAACUAAAAUUGUAUUGAAAGCAUCAAAUGCGUAGUAUUACGCAAAACCACACUCGCUCUCGCAUUUAAAUUAAAUUUUCUUUUCUGUGUGUGCAUCGUUUACUUUAGUAACGCGGGUCUAUCGCAAUCUAAGCAAAACUCACGGCUUUUGGAAUUACUUAUCAAAUUAUUUGUCCAAUGCAAAAUAUAAACUUAUUCGUACAAAUAUGAGGGGAAUUAUCAAUACAAUUUUUUCAAC